AUGUCAUCACCUGCUAGUGACAUGAGCAACGUGACGCUCACUCUUCCUGCUUUGAAGCGAUCAAGAAGUGCUAACAUCGGUGUCAUUACCCGAUCGGAAAAUGCCGUCUCAGCAAUCUUCGACAAAGAGGCAUCUGCUCUAACUUACAAGGAAAUUGGAACUCUCAAGGCCAAUCUCACGAUGUGCGAACGAAAGAAAAAGAAACUGGGAGAGCUUAAUCAGCAAAUUUCAAGUUUUCUAAACGAUGAUGAAGAUGCACUUGAAGUUGAGUUGGAGGAAGCUGAGAAAAUCUACCUUCAAGUAGAUUGUUUGAUGGAAAUGAUCACAACUAUGUUAGAUGACCGAGGGAAAUGUUCAACUGAAUCGGUCAAAGAUGACGACAGCGCAAGCGGAACCGGAUCCUACAAAUCCACUUCCCAACGUGGUGCUGGUCGAAAACAAGAUACUUGCCUGAAGUUGCCGAAACUGAAUUCGCCAACAUUUAGCGGAAGGUAUGAUCAAGGGCUACCUUUUUUAGAUUCCUUUGAUGGAGCAGUUCACUCAAUUGCAUCGCUGUCUGAUGUUCAGAAACUGCAAUACCUAAAGGGUGCCCUCAAGGAUGAACCGUUUCGUUUGCUAUCCCACUUGCCUACUACAAACGCGAACUACUCAGUCGCAAGGGAACUUCUAAAGGAUCGAUAUGCUGAUGUCAAGAUGAUCUCACACGCUCACUUGGAAGCAAUUUUUGAAUUCACCCCAAUGAAGCAUGAGUCAUCCGCUGCAAUACGUCGCUUGAUUAACACCUACACGGAAAACACGAUGGCACUGACAGGACUUGGACUAAAAAUUGAUCAAUGCGAUUUGAUCUGGGUUCACGUUUUGGUCAAGAAAUUAGAUCCUGAAACUAGAAGACAAUGGGAACUUUCCUGCGCGGGAAGUGACAUGCCAAAAAUCAAGCAGAUGAAGAAGUUCUUGGAGGAACGAUCUCGCGCCCUAGAAGCUACGAAGGACCUCCAGUUACCUUCAAUUCAUAGAAAAAAUCAUCAAGGAAGUUCAGACCAAUCUGGAAAUUCUAAGAAAGAUGACAAGGUACAGACAUACCACACGAACUCUGCUAAGACGAUCAGCUGCCCAUGCUGCAGUGGUGAUCACCGCGUGUAUCAAUGCACAAAAUUUCAGGAAAUGUCUAUUUCCAAUAGAAGACAAGAAGCCAAAUCAAAGCGAUUAUGCUUCAAUUGCCUGUCCCUUGGACACCAAAAUCAUGAGUGCAAGUCGAAGUCAACGUGCCAAACCUGUCGAAAGGGUCACCACACGUUACUUCACAUCCAUACAGACCCAAACAAGCAACCCGGACCUGAAAAUAAGUUUACGGGUCAUGGGGGUACUAGUACAUGUGCCACUACCAUACUGGGAACUGUACUAAUUGAGGUGAAAACUGCAAAUGGCGGUUAUCACAAUUGUCGAGCCUUACUGGACAGCGGAUCUGAAUGCAGUUUCGUUACAACCAGCUGUGCUAACCGACUCAAGCUACCAAUCAAGAAAUUGACUCUUCAACUAACUCGAGUUGGCGGAGGAGCAAAAACUGUGAAAUCUGGUUCUGUCAAUCUGGAAGCAAAGGAUUCUCAGAAUCAAUCUCUACAUAUUGAAGCCUUCACUCUUCAAAAACUUUCUGGCUACCUGCCCAGAGAACGGGUGAAUAUACCGAACAGUUUGGAUAUCACACGUCUUAAGCUCUCGGACCCAGACUUUGACAAACCAAAGGAAAUCGAUAUAAUCCUAGGCUGUGAUGUCUACAACGACAUUGUUGGCUGCGAAAAGAUUAAGCUUACAGACAAGCUUUAUGCACGUGACACUCUAUUUGGUUGGAUGAUUAGCGGCAGAACACCCGGUCCUCCAACAACCUUCUUCAAGUCAUUUCAUGUGUCUAUUGACAAUAGUCUAAGGAAAUUUUGGGAAUUAGAAGAAAUUCCUGAUUUCAAAAAGACAACAACAGAAGAAGAUCGAUGUGAAUCUCACUUUAAGGAAACAACCAUACUACAAAAUGGACGAUUCACUGUGCAGCUGCCUUUCAAGCCCAAUAGUUAA